AAAGCAACAAAUCAGCACUAACAUGCUAGGUGUGGUUGAUUGGAACAUGAAAUUUCUGUAUGUAUUACCUGGCUGGGAGGGUUCAGCCUCUGACUCCAGAGUUCUACGCGACGCAAUGAGUCGCCAAGAUGCAUUUGUUGUACCUCAGGGAAAAUAUUAUUUAGUGGAUGCUGGUUACACAAAUGGACCUGGAUUUCUAGCUCCAUUCAGAUCCACUCGGUACCACUUGAAAGAAUGGGUUUCAAGUCAACAACACAAAACUCCCAAAGAGUUGUAUAACUUGCGUCAUUCUCGUGCUAGAAAUGUUGUAGAGAGAACUUUUGGUUUGUGGAAGAAAAAAUGGGCUGUCCUACGUACACAAAGUUUCUUUAGAAUACAUGAUCAGAUUCGAAUUAUUAAUGCUUGCUGUGUGUUAUUGCAAGGGAUAGACAACAUCAGAUGGAUGAUCUAUUAUUGCAAGAAGUCGACGCUGAACUAG